AUGUAUCAUACUUCAGUGACGAACUCGGGUUCUAAUUCUUCUGUUGACAAUUUAUCCAAAUUUUGUAGUCGAUUACGAUCCGACAACGGAAUCACGAAAAAUAAAUUUAAAGAUAUAUAG